AAGAAAUACUGAGAUCAUCCACCAAAGAAUCUGUUUGCAAGCAUGCUGAAUUCAAGUCAGUGGGCAGAAAUGAGCAGUGGGAGUGAGAAUUGCAACUUUACAGACAUUGACAGGUUGGCAUGGAAGGUGCAGCUGGGGAUCUCCAUCCCCACCUUCAUCCUUGGGCUGGUUCUCAACAGCCUGGCCCUGAGUGUGUUCUGCUGCUUUUGGAGAAAGCAGACCAAGACCUCGGUGUACAUGAUCAACCUGGCCCUGGCAGACGUCCUGCUGCUCCUCUCACUGCCACCAAAGCUCUACUACUCUAUCACCCGGGUGCCUGGGCUCUUGUGCCCCUUCAUACAGGCUCCUUACUUCGUCAACACCUACACCAGCAUCUUCAUCAUUGUCUGCAUCACUGUGGACAGGUACAUCUGCAUAAGGCACCCAUUUGAAGGUCGAGCUAACCAGUCCCCCAAGUGGGCUGUCUUGAUUUGCUGCUUCAUCUGGGCAGCAGCUUGGAUCUGCAGCAGCCCAAUUUAUGUGUUUCACAGGAAGGAGUCUAUUAAAUGCUUUCACAACUUGUCAGAGCAGACGUGGAGUGUCCCCUUCAUUGUCUCUGUGGAAAUAUUUGGGUUUCUGAUCCCGCUUGCAGUGAUGGUUUUCUGCUCCGCUCAAACCAUCUGGAUUCUUUGGAAUUGCAAAACUCACAACAAAGGGGACGUAGAAGAAAGUGGCUCAUUGAGAGUAAUCAUCAUCAACCUCGUGGUGUUCCUGGUGUGCUUCACCCCUGUCCACCUGGGGAUCUUCCUGCAGUGCCUGGUGAAGCAGCAGGUGAUCGUGGGCUGCAGGAUGAAGCAGAGCAUCAGCCUCUUCCUCCAGGUGUCCAUGACGUGUGCCAACAUCAACUGCUGCCUCGAUGCCAUCUUCUACUACUUUGCUGCCAAGGAAUUCCGUAAGAAAACCCACCUGAGAAGGGUGGCUGAGGUGUGUCCUGUCUUUAACCCCUGUGCCAUGCGAUGGGACUGCCAGCAGUGGGAGAGCGCCGCUUGCCAGGACACCGACACUGCUACGCCUGACACGGCAGGGACGGUCCCGUAG